AUGAGAAGAGGUUCUUCUGCUUCUGGUUCUCCUGUGGCUUCUUCUUCUUCCCUUGUUGGACAUCGCAUCACUGUGGGCAGUACCGUCUACCGGUCUGAGCUGCGAGAGGAUGAAUCAAAGGCAUACGGCGGUGGUGAAGAAGUUCUUGUGUGGGUACAAGAUGCCCAACCAGCAGGUGAUGCUUGGGUGGAAAUAACAUUAGAAACAGGUGAAGUGGCGUAUGCACAGUGGGGAAAUCCAGAGGAAACACGUUGGCAACUUCCUGAUGUUUCCCUAAUACAGUUCCCCAGUAAAGUUAUGGAAAAAGAGUUUAGUAUUAAAAAGGAAUGGACAGAAUCACAACAACAAGUUCUUCGCAUAGAAGCAGUCAAAGUACUAGAGGAGUGUAUAGUAUCAAAAGACAUUAAUAAUAUUAUAGGGGAGGAUGAGAAGAUGAUAAUAGUAAACAAUAUUGCUAACGAGUAUAUGGCAACCAAUAGUCCCAAAGAAUACGAUGAGAGUUCCUCCAAUUGGUUACAUCACGCUGCUCUUAGACAAUUGGACUCCCUCUUGACAUUAAAGCGGGCAUCAAAGACUACAAACCGGGCAAUGCUUCAAGAGAUAUCAACAAUGACACUACAAGCAAAACUUGGUAUUGUGAGAAAUGUUUCGCGUGAUAAGAAGAGGUAUAAUACUAUAGAUUCCAAUACUAAUUCUAUCCCUAUAGCUCUUAGCUCACAGACAGUACAAGGGGAGGAAAAUGAAGAAGAAUUACCACUUCCACUCUCACCAUUUUUACCAAAUGGACGUUUCUUGCAAAAUCAAUAUUACAAAAAUCUUCUUUAUAAUCCAUCUGCACACCGUAGCUGUAUUGAACCUCAACUAGAAACUACAGUAUUUACAGAAACUGGCUUGGGUGAGAUACGUGUCUUGUGUGCUGUUCCUGUACAAGAAGGGUUUAAAGGACCCAAAAGUAGAAUUUUUGCUGUAGUACGUGAUUGGACUGGAGCAUUCUGUUUUUUUAUUAUCAGGAAACCUUUAAAAAAUGAAAAGGAAUCAUCUGUUAUCGCAGCCUACCCACUUUUGGGAUCAUUAGAGUUUCCACAAAAGUCACAUCAUCAAGUUACCUUCCGUGUGGAUGGCAUAGAGUUCAUGGCUUCUUUCAAAGAUAGAGAACAUCUUGGAUGGUUUCAUGACGCAUUAAAAAUAGCUAUGGUUUCUAUGUACGGUGAUGGAAAUGACUCUGAACGAGUUGUUAAGAUGCGAGCAUAUAGUGUGGAGUUUGCUGCGCACUACAGUUUUGAAAAACCUUUAAAUGUAUUGGAAGUACUGAAUACCAUUUAUUCUGAUACGGAACACACUGGUACUAUGAUGGAUGAUGAUUUUGCACGAUUGCGUAUUUCUCUUCGAACACCACAAGUGAGAGAUAAAGUAGUUCAAGAAUGGAUUGAGUUUACAAAACGUUUUGAUGAUAAAGUUACGGAUUCUAGUUUUACUACUCUUCUUUCGAAUCAUCUUCGAGUGAUAGAGGAACUUAUUUUAUCUCCUACACCGUACAUGAAUGAAAAUCUCCCACAAAUACUACAACAGAGACUUUAUAAAAUGGGUGAGCAAUUACCGGAUUUCUCAGCAAAUUGCUUCCGCCUUGCUGUUCUUCUAGAUUACACAGAUCGUACAAUGUUAUUGUGGAAGUCACGAUAUGAGACUGUAGAUAUUCCAUUUGAGCCUUGUUUCAAACCUCUGGUUCCAUCACAGACUGCAGACUUUGAGCGUUCAUUACUGGAGGAGAGGCGGAUGAGAUGUUUGACCCAUUCUCACCCACCAGGUAUUUACCUUGCAGUUGUUUGCUUCCAUGGCAAAAAUAGGAUUUUCACAAAUGUGAAUGGAAAUUUAAUUGCAGAAGUUAUUCAACAUGAACCCACACAGGAAGAACUUGAACAACUUAGAGUGGAUUGUGAGGAUUACCAAUGGCUUCUUCGUCUUGGUGGAGCUAAUAAAAAUUGGGCAAAAGAAAAAUUACAAGAAUGGGAUGCCAUGUAUACAAAUCGUGGUGUAAAUUCUUUUAAAGCUCGUUUUAUUAGAGCCGCCAAAAAACUUCAAAACGCUAACAUUUUUCCAACUUUGGGUUACAUUUUUGAUACCCCUAUUUUGCACAAGGAAAUAGGUUCUCUUUUUAUUCUCACUAUUUGUGAGGUAGAUUCAGAAGUUACGAUUCCACGAUCUGCAGGGGUAUGGCAUGAUAUUCAAGAAUUGGAAGAUUUUAUAUAUUCACAGUCUUUGCUUUGUUCGGAAACGGCACGUGUGGCAUUUUUACCCAAUCGUUAUCGGCAGUGUGUUCGAUAUUUAACUGCUGCAUCUGAAUACCGUGAUAGCCUCACACAACGUCUGACCCCAGGGUUUUAUCUUGGUUAUUUUCUUUCCUCCGUGUGUUCAGAUGGAAUGUUGAUGCUGGUUCCCGAAUGUAAUAGAAAUUUACCACCUUUAGUAAAAGUAAGUGAGGAAUCCCCAUCAUUAUCACAGUGGCGUUGGUUACAGAGUUUAAAUUAUCGUCAGCAAACAACCUACUCACUUGGACUACCUCUACCAGAAGAUCUUUCACAACCUCCAGUUGAGGGUGCAUCGUUUGAAAGUAAAAUAAGUUACGCUUUGGCAACAUUGGAGGCGGCUGUGGGAUUAAAAAUAGAACAGUUUUAUGAUUUGGAACUCUUUGCACUGGAUGAGGAACAGUCAAUUUACGCUUUUUUUGCAGUUGGGUAUUACCCACCACCACUAUGCUGUGUUGAUGGAGUUCCUGAGGCGCCUAAAGGUCUUGUGCCAAUGACAUUUAAACUUGUGCGAGUAGUGGAUGAUCAUCACUUGCGCCGCUAUUGGCAUCAUGUAUACAACUGUCUCGCAGAUGAGGUGGAUCUGGCAUACAGGAAGCUUUCUUCAACAAUACAACCCUUUACAUCGGAUGAGGCGAUUCGAUUAAAUCCUACAGGUGAGGUUAUGGUUUAUAUGAUGGAUAUGGAUAAGUAUACUUUUCUUCUAAGCUGGACAAGAACUCUUGCACUUUGGGUAGAAACAGAUGGUCAAACUCUUGUGCAAAAGUACGCUAGUCAUCAUAUAAAAAUGCCAGAGGUAACACCAGUGAAGGAAGAGAAGAAAAAAGAUGAUGAUGAUGAUGAUAGUGAAAAGAAAGGAAUAAAGAAACAGUACUAUCAGUCUCAAAAGAAUGAAAAGGAUAACUGUAAGAAUUCCCUUUCUAUCGAACAAAUUGUGGAUAUUGCAGUAUCUAAUCAAGCGGCAGCUACAGAUCCCAAUCUGUUUGCAAUGAAGUCAUUAAUGCUACAACUCAGAUCUACAGGAAAACAAGGAUGGGGAUCUAUCUUGCAGCGUAUUCAGGAAAUUGAUGAUACCAUGACAGAGGGUUAUACUUGCCGUCUUGCAGCCCCAGAAGAAGUGAAGGAUUCACCAUUAACACUCCAUAGCUUUGAUGAUGUAACUGAGGAUGAUAUGCUUUCUGUGUCUCGUCCACCCACCGUGUAUGAGCUCCCGUGUUCAUUAAUGGAAUUUAUAUCUGGUGAGGGUAAUGUUGCAGAGGCAUUCCUUUUCGCCCGUGAGAUUGUGGAAGAGAUCAUUGAUGUUGCUGUAGCGGGUGGUGCUGUAGCGGUGGUUGGACAAGUUAUGGAGACGAUGGUUUCCUGUGUUGAGGCUGCGGAAGAUAUUGUAGAUGGCGCCGCAUUGGAGAAUUUACGUGCAGAGGCAGAGGAGCAGGCAUGGAAUGAACGAUGCGCUCUUCUGCAAGAGUGGAGUAGUAUCUUUAACGCCCGCGACCGACCAUCCGUGUUAGAUAAUGAGAUAUUGACAGAUGCACCAGAACCGUUAUUUUAUACCGGUUCACAGUAUGUUGUGGAAACUCCCACAGACGGUUUGCGUAUUUGUUUGGCACGUGCGGCGAAUGAUGCGAAUCAGUUGCAGGAGUUGCUGCGUGUUGCGAACUCCGCUCUUCAUGCAUUUGAGUUAACAGAAUGUGUGCAUGCUUACAAUGAUGCCCUUCAAAAACAUGAAGAAGUACUGGAUGAGCUUAAUAUUAGUACCAGCAACAAUAACAAUAACAAGAACAGCAACAACGAUAUUGAAGAAAAGAAAACUGAUGAAAAUUUUAUCCGAAACGUUAAAUCUACCAGCACCACUACUACUACUACUCCAUUGCGACAUGUAACACUUGUAUCUCGAGAACAACGUGAGGUUCCUUUAUAUUCGUUGAGUCCUUUUCGCUGCCUGACACUACAAGGUGAACGAAUGCGUGUACCACUUCCAGAGUUUGAUUAUGCGGAAUUGCGAGUGUUUGCGGAGCACAUGAAUACAGAAGAGGAAGAGGUGGCUACACAGCUUCGUGAACUUAAUCCUAACCCGGAUAAACUGGAAAGGUUGUUGAAAAUGACACUAGAGCUACAAGCACCCCUUCUCUCACUUCGCCUUAUCUCUUUGAUUUACUGCCCUUAUUCUGGACGCUUCUACGAUGAAGAGGCAAAUAAAGUACGGGAAUUACUCUCUACAGAUUCUUUUUUCUUUACCUACGGUGUGCGGGAUUGGAUACACAUGGAGGAACUUGGCGGUUCUGCUGUUACUGAUGGUUUUGAUCUUCUCUGGUGGUUGCGCUACCUGCGAGAGGCUGGUGAUGGAAGUGAGAGAUACAGCAGUUACUGCGGCUCGUGGAAACAGAUGUAUGUGGAGACGCGGGUUCGUGUGCUGCUUUCCCGCGGAGUGCGGCAGGUGUCGGAGGAGGAGGUGGCGCUGUGGCUGGAGGCGAUUGGCCCCUGCGUUGGAUUCCUCAGCUUCAGCGGCGAAACAAACAUCACCGACGCGGAGGUGAAUGUGUUGGCGGCGACGUGCCCGCUGCUGCAGUCACUGGAUCUCGCCGGCACCGCCGUCACGGAUGAGUCGGUGCGGUUACUCUGCAGUCGAUGUAGACGAUUGGUGGAGUGCAGCGUGGCGGGCAGUCGGGUAUCACGGGAGGCACUCAUACUGCUAAAUGAGACAUGCAGGAAGAAUGCAGAGAACCCGUAG